AUGAGGCGAGGAGUUGAGGGGGAGCCACCCGUGGCGAAACCCUCUCCCUGCAGCGGGGUCUCUGCUGGCGGUGUAGCUGCUGGCAGGGUCUCUGCUGGCGGGGUCUCUGCUGGCGAGGGUCUCUGCUGGCGGGGUCUCUGCUGGCGGGGUCUCUGCUGGCGGGGUCUCUUCUGGCGGGGUCUCUGCCGGCGGAAGUCUCUGCUGGCGGGGUCUCUGCUGGCGGGGUCUCUGCUGGCGGGGGUCUCUGCUGGCGGGGUCUCUGCUGGCGGGGUCUCUGCUGGCGGGGUCUCUGCUGGAGGGGUCUCUGCUGGCGGGGUCUCUGCUGGCGGGGGUCUCUGCUGGCGGGGGUCUCUGCUGGCGGGGUCUCUGCUGGCGGGGUCUCUGCUGGCGGGGUCUCUGCUGGCGGGGUCUCUGCUGGCGGGGUCUCUGCUGGCGCGGUCUCUGCUGGCGGGGUCUCUGCUGGCGGGGUCUCUGCUGGCGGUGUCGCUGCUGGCGGGGUCUCUGCUGGCGUUGUCGCUGCUGGCGGUGGCGCUGCUGGCGGGGUCGCUGCUGGCGGUUCCGCGUGUUCGCUUGCUGGCGGGCUUGCGGGUCGCGUACGAUCUGGAGCGUGCAGUGGCGGAGCAGUAG